CGCAUGGAGAGGAGACAGCCAAAGAAUCACAUGGAGAGGAGACAGCCAAAGAAUCACAUGGAGAGGAGACAGCCAAAGAAUCACAUGGAGAGGAGACAGCCAAAGAAUCACAUGGAGAGGAGACAGCCAAAGAAUCACAUGGAGAGGAGACAGCCAAAGAAUCACAUGGAGAGGAGACAGCCAAAGAAUCACAUGGAGAGGAGACAGCCAAAGAAUCACAUGGAGAGGAGACAGCCAAAGAAUCACAUGGAGGAGACAGCCAAAGAAUCGUAUGGAGAGGAGACAGCCAAAGAAUCGUAUGGAGAGGAGACAGCCAAAGAAUCGUAUGGAGAGGAGCCAGCCAAAGAAUCGUAUGGAGAGGAGCCAGCCAAAGAAUCGUAUGGAGAGGAGCCAGCCAAAGAAUCGUAUGGAGAGGAGCCAGCCAAAGUAUCGUAUGGAGAGGAACCAGCCAAAGAAUCGUAUGGAGAGGAGCCAGCCAAAGAAUCGCAUGGAGAGGAGACAGCCAAAGAAUCGCAUGGAGAGGAGACAGCCAAAGAAUCGUAUGGAGAGGAGACAGCCAAAGAAUCACAUGGAGAGGAGACAGCCAAAGAAUCGCAUGGAGAGGAGACAGCCAAAGAAUCGCAUGGAGAGGAGACAGCCAAAGAAUCGCAUGGAGAGGAGACAGCCAAAGAAUCGCAUGGAGAGGAGACAGCCAAAGAAUCGCAUGGAGAGGAGACAGCCAAAGAAUCGCAUGGAGAAGAGACAGCCAAAGAAUCGCAUGGAGAGGAGACAGCCAAAGAAUCGUAUGGAGAGGAGACAGCCAAAGAAUCGCAUGGAGAGGAGACAGCCAAAGGAUCGCAUGGAGAGGAGACAACCAAAGAAUCGCAUGGAGAGGAGACAGCCAAAGAAUCACUUGGAGAGGAGACAGCCAAAGCGCAUGGCUGGCUGGGGUAGCAUUCCAUCAUAUUUAUAAUUCAUGUUGGCUUCCCUGCACUGUGUCCAAACACCGCUUUGCCAGUUCUCCUGCCAGAGCCCCAUAAAACACAUCACAUGACACAC